UGUAAACCUAACAUCGAAUACACACUUGCUCCCAAACCCUACCUAUAUAUAUUCUCAGAGUCAGAGGAGCCACAGACCUAUACAGCUAGGGUUUUGGAACGUGCAAGCUUCUGCGGAAAUCUCUGUUUCAGAAGCCAAAAUGCCCAAGCAAAUUCAUGAGAUCAAGGAUUUCCUCCUUACCGCGAGAAGGAAGGAUGCACGUUCCGUGAAAAUCAAGAGGAGCAAAGAUGUUGUGAAGUUCAAGGUCCGUUGCUCCAAGUACCUGUACACACUUUGUGUUUUCGACUCAGAGAAGGCUGACAAGUUGAAGCAAUCUCUCCCUCCAGGUUUGAGCGUGCAAGAUCUGUGAAAUUAGCUCAAUGGUGGGAGCUAUAUUAAUUGAGGCAUUUGUUUGAGAGAACUUUCUUUUUGUGUUAUGCUGUUCAAUAGUGUUUCAAGAAAAUUGUAAUGAUGGGUUUGGAAUUUUAUAUUCUUAACUCUUAUGCUGGUGUGUUUCUUUUUUGCCUGCAAUGAACUUAUAGACAGGUUUUUUCCCAAA